AUGUUACGGUUAUUUAACGGCUGCUCUGCGGUAGGCAGAAUGACUUCAUGUAAUCUCAGGCUGCUGGCGACUCAGGCGUCUCCAUUGGGGGUUGACCAUAGUAUAGAGAACAACCUAAAGACAGAAACGAACAGAUUAUCCAAAACUGGUGAAAGAUUCUGGGAAAAGGUGUCGUUGAAGGAUGACGGAUCACAAUAUCUGGUUCAAUUGGAUUCGAAAACAAUUUUGACUCCCUUGGGUCAUCCAUUAGCUGUGGACAGGGACAGAAGUUUGUUGGCGAUGCUUCUGCAGAAGGAAUGGACGAAUUUAACAAGCCUCGCUGUCAAGACAUACUCACUACCGUUAACUUCGUUGGUUUCUCGUUGCAUUGACCUGGAAAUCGUUAACAAGCCAGGCGGCGACUUGGAGUCAAAAGCCAAGAUAGGCGGGGAUCGUGAACGUAUCUCGCAGGACCUGUUACGCUACCUCGAUACAGACACUGUACUGGUCUUUUGCUCGAAGUCGGAAUAUGAAGGAGCCCUAAGAAAAGCGCAAGAUCAAGUCUACUUGCCGAUUAUUAGCGCUGCGGAGGAAUUCUUGAGCAAUUACAGUGGAUCAGCGGUGAAACUCAAAGUCCUUGAUGCAGAUCUUCAUGGCUUGAGGGGCAAUCAACAGCUGGAAGAGACGAGGAGCGCCGCUAAGAAGUACCUGGACACUCUAUCUUUAUGGGAUCUGGCUGUGUUCGAAAAGACGGUCUUGACGACAAAAUCAUUCAUUUGUGGUGUUCUCCUGCUGCAGAACAAAGCGUCGGCAGAGUCCCUAGAAGGCUUGAAAUCAUCAAUGGAGUCCAUUGCUGAAGCCGCUACAUUGGAAAUUAUUUACCAAACCGAUAGAUGGGGAGAGGUGGAAGACACACACGAUGUUGACAAAAGAGAUGUCAGAAGAAAUAUUCAUGCGGCGGCGAUAGUGGCCUAUAAAUAA